AUGUCACGCUCUCCAUCCAACUUCUUUCGGAGUAAUCGCAACAGCGCUUCGAACCCUUCGCCCUGGUCACUGCACCGGAGAGGGAGCUCGACAAACGAUGUCCUGGCCGUCAAUCCAUAUGAAACCGAACGAAGCGCGUCGGUCCAGCGCAGCCACUCCAGCACACGCCAGGCCGAUGGCACAGCUUCCGGCACUACAACAUUGACUCGUGGAAUGGAGCGACUCGAAAAGCGCAGGACGAUGGAAGAGCGCAAUUUCUUACAGGCCAAGGCACGAUCACAGAACCUCAACCCACCGGUCGAUUUGCGAAUGCUGGACUAUGUCACCGAAUAUGAUGACAAUUUGAUGUGCCCUAUAUGUCGCUGCCCUUUCGUGGAUCCGGUUGUUCUUAAUGAAUGUGAUCAUUGCUUCUGCCGAGACUGCAUACGCCAAACCUGGACAACAAACACCAACUACAACCCACUAGGCCCACGAGGUGACUGCCCUACCUGCCGCACUCCAGCAAAGCUCGGACCUCGAUCAUCCACUAGCAAGAUCCUCGGUAACAUCCUGGACGAUCUGCUUGUGAAAUGUCCCAAGGCCGACCAUGGUUGCAAAUCGCAGGUCAAGCGCGGGGAAGUGCAAGACCACAUGUCGAUAUACUGUGGCUACGCCAUGGUCGAGUGUCCGACUGAGCAGUGUGAAUUGCCUGUCCAACGGCAGUAUGCUAAGCAAGGAUGCCUUCACUAUGGCGUGAGCUGCCUGGCCUGCCGGGAGGAUAUGCUGAGGUGCCACCUCGAAACACAUUGGCGAAGCAAAUGUGUCGAUCGGCAGAUACGAUGCGACCAAUGCAAGGCCAAGAUCUUCUUUAAGGAGCUGACCGAGCAUAAUACACGGCUGUGUCCUGCUAUCAGCAUACCCUGUCCCGGCGCCUCUCUAGGAUGUAACACUCGCAGCAAAAGACGAGAAGCCGAAUUUCAUGCGAAGAGCUGCACGUUGGCAAAGUUGGCGCCUGUUUUGUCUGCACAGCAGCAGAGGCUUGAUGACCAAGAAGCUGCUCAGAGGCAGAUGAAUCGUAAGCUUGAGGUCUUGGAAGGUGGAUUUGGACGAAUGCACAGUAUUCUAUACCCGAGAGCCGACGAUCCAGAUCAGAACAGCGCGAUACCCAGCCAGAUUCCGCUCAUCGAAAAUCACGGCCUACACGACACUGCUCUACCUGCAGAUGGCGAAAGUCCACCUGUAAUUGAUCCCGCAGAACUGGGCCUAGACGCCAACGGCAAUGCUCUACCAUCUCCGGUCGAGCAACGUAGAAGGUUUUCUGAAGCUACGAGGCCACCAUUUAACAGAGCACUACCUGCCAUUCCUGGUCCACGUUCUGGCAACCUACCGGAGCCCUUCAGCCCGGACUUUGACCUUGCUUCGCCAUUUCCGCCUCCAGCCACAAAUGGAGGGCCAUACGCAUCGCCCUUGCACCACAUGCUAUCCAUGCACGAGUCACUUCGUGACGAAAUGUCAAGACUGAACACGGCUCUGCAGGAGCUCGAUGGGCGACAUUCUAUGCAGAUUCUGAAUGAAAACAUGCGGACACGUGAGGAGAUCACUUAUAUGGGCGCCCAGGUCGCGGGGCUAAGUCGGCAAGUGCACUGGCUGACCUCUACACAACUGCAAAGGCAAAGUCAGGGCUCGACGCCUGGCGCUGCUGGACCUAGUGAUGUUGCAACUGCUGGCUCUAGCGUUGAAGCUGCUAUCAACAACGCUGUCAGAGGCGCGGCAAGGAUCGUUAAUGCAGGAAGAGAAGGCAUGCCUAUGAGGCGCAAUACGAGUGAAGAAGGUAGGACCAAAUUGUAG